AUAUAGGAAGGUCAGUAUUUAUUAUUUGAGCUGUUAUGUACCCCAUUAGUGUGAGUUUGGGGGACACUGGAGCACAAGGACAAUGUUAGUUGAAUGUGUAAUAAGUGUGUGGCUAUUAUUAUAGAGUCUUCUGCCUCAAAAGUCAAAGUAAGAGCCGUGUGGGGAUGAAAGAGUUACAAUACUCCGCUACCUGCAGUAAAUAUAAAGUAGGUAAUAGGGAGGUUACAGGGACUCUAAGUAACAUGACUUGUCACGCUGCUGCCCCUUUAAGGCCAACAAUUACCCACAAUCCUUUUCCAGAUCAAACCAAGAUGGCGACAUCAGUGAAUAAACUGAAGGAAUAAUGACGUAAUGCUGAUUGCCACGCCUCCCCUGUUCUUUCUCUCUUCCCCUAUAGGAGCAGCUGACCCGCCGUUUACAUUUCCGUGCUGUGUGAUUGGCUGAUUAAGAUCACGCCUCCAGCUCAGCUCUGCGUCCUGGAAGUUAGGCUGCGCGGCCUCGUUGAUAAUACAGAGGAGCAGGUGAUACCCCAGGAAUGCUCCUCAUAGGAGGGACACCCCCACCCAACAGACACACUACCGGGUCAACUUACUGAAGUUUCUCCCCAAGGAACCUCAAUGGAGACUUUGUGCACUGACCUCCAGCCAUUCAGUGUGGCAAUUCAUGAUGGUGGGGACUUAGAGCCAAGCACUCUGAGGCCCACUGUUAGAGAGGAACUGGAGCAAUACACGCUGGGACCUGCUAGUAGUAUGGUGUUGGAGCCCGGUACUCUGGGACCCAGUGUUUGUGCCAAGUUGGAAUCAACUACUCUGGGGCCCACUGUUAGUGCAGACUUAGAGCCAAGUACUUUGGGACCUGCUGUUAGUACAGAGUUAUUAUCAAGCAUGUUAGGGCCCAGUCUUUCUGUGGAACUGGAGCCGAGAAGUCUGGGGCCCACUGAGCGAAGCACUCUGGGACCUGCUAGUAGUAAGGUGUUAGAGCCCAGUACUCUGGGAACUACUAGUAGUAAGGUGUUAGAGCCCAGUACUCUGGGAACUACUAGUAGUAAGGUGUUAGAGCCCAGUACUCUGGCAGCCAAUAUCAGUUCAACGCUAGAGCCGAGUACUCUUUGGCCUGUUGUUGAUACAGAGUUGGAGACAACUAUUUUGGGGCACACAGUUACUCUCUGCAAGCAGCCUGUAGAAGAGGGGAAUGGUGAGGACAUAGAGCAAUGCAUUGUGGGGGAGAGCCUUAUGGAGGAAUGUGAGAAUUUAGGUUUUGCACAUGGGACAGAGGAGGAUUCAGAGCAGGGCCCUGUGCCUUGUGAGGACAGCACUAGGGAACUGACUGAUUCAGCCUACACAGAGGACACUUUGGAAGACUCUGGAGACUUUCCCAGCCUCCUGCCAGUGGUUGGAGGAGGUGCUUCUGAUGUAUCCCCGCCCACCAGUCCCAUUCAUCGAGACGAGGCACACCAGGAGAACACACGUCUUUGUACUGAGUGAGGUCGGGAAGCCCAUUUACUCUCGCUAUGGCAACGAGGAGGCCUUGUCCUCCAUCAUAGGGGUCGUGAUGGCUUUCGUCAGCUUUGUACACAGUGGGGAUAAUUGUAUCUGCUCCAUCGUCUCAGGUACCUUCCUGCACUUCUUCUGCUCCUGGUGCACCUAACCUAGGCAGUUCUUAUGCUCCCUGCACCUUUCUUUUCUACAUCCCUAUACAUGCUGAAAUGUCUACAGCCCAGAACAUUCCUUCUCUGUAUAUUUGUAUUUAUACAUAUGGGAGGAGGGAGGUGCCAUAUUGAUUCCCUUAGACAGUACAGUAGGAGGGUAUAGCUUAUUGU